AUGAAACACAUGCAAGAUUGCAAGUUCUUUUCAUACAAUGCUCUCGCUACUGCCAUCAAGAAUGAGUUCAAUGGUUCUGCAAACGUUAAUGUUAUCUUUAACAAGAAGUUUGUGAAAGAAUCUAAGUUCGGUCAGUAUGUCAGACCAUUAGCUAUUGUCAUUGACCGCAAACGUUAUACUUCACAAGAGUUAGCAGUAGUUUUUGA